AUGGGCAAGGUGGAGGCAAAGAGCUAUGGCCCUGAACCCGACAGGCUCCAGAGGUUCAAGCGCUCACUUUCCCUCAAGAACAUCCUCCGAAGUAAGAGCAUGGAGAACUUCUUCUUUCGCUCGGGGUCUGAGCCCAAAUGCCCCACCGAGGUGCUGCUGACGCCCCCGACCCCGCUGCCACCUCCCUCCCCACCACCAGCGUCUGCAGACUGGGGCCUACACACCCCAGCCCUGUCCCCCUGCCCGAUCUCACGCCUCCUGGCACCACUCAAACCAGUGAGGCUGCACAGCUUCCAGGAACACGUCUUCAAGCGAGCCAGCCCCUGUGAGCUGUGCCAACAGUUCAUUGUGGGAAACUCCAAGCAGGGUUUGCGGUGUAAGACAUGCAAAGUCAGCGUCCACCUCUGGUGCUCCGAGGAGAUCUCCCACCAGCAAUGCCCAGGCAAGACGUCCUCCUCCUUCCGCCGCAACUUCAGCUCCCCGCUCCUGGUGCAUGAGCCGCCACCAGCCUGUGCCAUGAGCAAGGAGUCCCCACCCACUGGGGCCAGCGGGAAGGUGGACCCCGUCUAUGAGACCCUGCGCUACGGAACCUCCUUGGCCCUGAUGAACCGCUCCAGCUUCAGCAGCACCUCUGAGUCCCCCACGCGGAGCUUGAGCGAGCGGGAUGAGCUGAUUGAGGACGGGGAAGGCAGCAUCCGCAGCUCAGAGGAGGGCCCUGGCGACAGCGUAUUCACAGCCCCGGCCGAGAGCGAAGGGUCAGGACCAGAGGAGAAGAGCCCUGGACAGCAGGCCCCCAGGCCCCUUCUACGGAAGGAUGUGGGGCCCAUGUACUCCUACGUCGCGCUCUACAAGUUUCUGCCCCAGGAAAACAACGACCUGGCUUUGCAGCCUGGAGACCGGAUCAUGCUGGUGGAUGACUCUAACGAGGACUGGUGGAAGGGCAAGAUCGGCGACCGGGUUGGCUUCUUCCCAGCCAAUUUUGUGCAGCGGGUGAGGCCAGGGGAGAACGUUUGGCGCUGCUGCCAACCCUUCUCCGGGAACAAGGAACAGGGCUACAUGAGCCUCAAGGAGAGCCAGAUCUGUGUGGGCGUGGGCAGGAGCAAGGAUGCUGAUGGCUUCAUCCGCGUCAGCAGCGGCAAGAAGCGGGGUCUGGUGCCAGCCAACGUCCUGACCGAGAUCUGAGAAGAGCCAAGAGAACCCGGAAGCCACCCCUGCCUGUGCCCGGCCCUUGCUUCUGGCCCCAGGAGGGGAGCAGGCCUCUGCCCACACUCUCUCUCCCUCUGCCCUUCUCCUUGGGGCCAGUCACCAUGGCUUGGGAGGCUUCUGCACUGAGGAGGGUUUUAUUUCAUGGGUCCUGGGGUGCCCUGAGGAGGCUGCUGCUCUGAGACUUGGAGGUGGGGAGGAGGAGAGAGUGGGAGGGGAUGGGAAAGCUCCAGGUGGGACCCCCUGGUGCCCAUGCACUCCCAAAGCCCGUUGCCAUGCUGAGUCCAGCCCUGAGAGGAAGUUCCUGGGGAACUUCCCUGCUGCCUCUUCCAGAGACCUUCCCCUGCCCACAGCAUCUUUGCCUGCCUGACAGCUCCCCUCUCCUCACAGAGCCUCUGCUUGGGUCUUCGUGUGUGUGACCCUGCAGCUGCCCCUUUGGAAGUGGGGCCUUGGGAAGGUGCCUUCCCGGUCCCUUAGCCCCAGCUCUGGGUAGGGAGGGAAUUCAGGGCUGCAGGAGGAUCCUGGUCUCACCACCUCUGUCACUCCAUCAAUUCUCAGGAAAGUUCUGCGGUUCUCUCUCCCAUUACUUGAAACCUGGGUGGACAGAGGAGGGGAGGGCUGAGGUCUGGGGAAGCUGUGGUAAAUCAGAGACUGUCCCUCAAGUAGCACAGUCACCACAGAGCAGCCUCAUCUUACCCUUGUGCACUGGGAAAGGACACCCAAGAGCGGCCUGAACACAGAAACCCGAUUAAGAACAAAAGACUGGCCCACGCCUGCUCAAAAUAACCCCCAGUUCACUGUCAGGACUCUAAAAGCUCAGUUCCUGUCCCAGUCCUCUCCAGGCCCACCCCAGGAACCCAACCUUCAGGGCUGACCCCGCAGUGACCCUCCCUCACCCCCUCUCUCCAGGCUCUGCAGGGGACAGGGCUGCCUUUGCAGGGGUUCCUUUUCUGGUUGCAUCUGCUCCCUUGUCCAGGACACAGAGCCCUGGGAGGAAGAGGGAGUGGGAGACAGACAAAGAAUUCUGUUGGAGCACCAGGAGGGGAAGGGGGUAGGCAUCCUGGGGGGGGGGGGAA